GCGUGGCGUCCGGUUUGAGGGGCGGUGUGGUGAGACCGUCCGGUUCGGUCGCUUCACAUCGACAUCGCUGCAUAAACAGAUCGCUCAGCAAUUUGGGACAGACACGAUGUUCCAGGUGCAGACGUGUUACGGCGUAGACAUCCGAGAAUUCUCCUCCAAUCCUAGUGAGGAGGAGGUGCUGAUCCCACCCUUCGAGACCUUCGAGGUCACCAGUGUCACCCAUGAAGGAGACAGGGCAUUGAUCCAGCUCCGCUCCAGCGGGACCUUCAGCAGAUACAGCUGCGAGUGGCUACGACGUGACAUCAUGGGGAAAACCUGGAGGACAGGGACACCCACUGUGGGCAGGAACAUCUCCAGGGCCCCGUCCCAUCUCAGAGGGCUCCUCCUGGCCACUACAGCCCUGGCAGUGGCCACCAGGAUUGUCUGAGCCAUGAAGAAAUGAAGGUUACAGUCAUCUCCACGAUCACCAAGGCCAUCAUGAUCCCCACAGAAAGAGGCAAGCAAAGCUACCAAGGCCACCACUGCCAUUUUCCCUGGAGGAAAAAGAGGAAAAAGCAGAAGAGAAGAGAAAAAGAAAAUCCUACCUGCUCCCCACCCCCCACAUUUCAUUAACUCCCCUUUACAUCUUUGGACAUUGAUUUAUUUGCAUUCUUGCCCAAAUUCUGUGAAUUCCCACAUAUUCUGGACUUAAACCCAACCAAUCUCUAUUUCCACAUCCUAAUUAAUUUAACCUAGAAAGAAAUAAGAGGCAUGUUUCUUUACAGAUUGUGUGA